AUGUUCGCCUCCCUCGUCCGGUUCGGUUCUCGAACCACCUACCGCGGCUCUCGCGGAUCCGGAGCGGGAUCCUCGUCGCGCACCUCUGCCUACUCGUCGCCCAACUCGCGCCCCACGUUUGCCAAGGCAUCCCAGAUGGGCCAGACCUUUAAACGCUCCCAGCGCGGCCUCUACGACGGCAAGACGCUCCAGUCCGGCCACAACGUCCCCAAGUCGCGCCAAAAGACGGCAAGGACCUGGGCACCCAACGUCCAGUCAAAGAAGCUCUGGUCCGACGUCCUCGACACCCACGUCACCGCCCGCGUCACCACCAGCGCACUCAGGACCAUCGACAAGAUGGGCGGACUCGACUACUACCUCGCAAACACAAAGGACAACAAGCUCGGACAGUGGGGCAUCGGCCUCCGCGACGUCCUCGCACUCCGCCUCAGGCAGCUUCGGUUGGAGGGCAAAAAGGUCGGACGCAACGCACCGGAACCUACCACCUCGGCAUGA